UUUUAAUAUAUAAAAACAACUCCAACAUCCAGGCGGUGCCACGGUAAAACAGAGAAAAAAUAUCUCUGGGUUAGAUUAUCACCAAUUUGCACAACAAUACUUUCUGCUGGUGUCUCCUUCAGGUGACAAGAUACCUCAUAAAUAUGAGGCUGUUGGAUCACAUAGGCUUAGGAUUUCUUCUGGGGAUCAUCCUUCCACCCUGCUCACAAGUAAGAGUGACGGCUGAUUUGAUGACAAUUACAUAUUCUGCUCCUACUUCUCAGCCUUCAACAUAUCCAAAAUCAAAUCCCAGUCUUGUGACACUGGAAUCACAGGAGACAACCGCUGACACAACAUACACUUCCACUUCCGAAUCUAUUGCCACUGUCAGAUCCAAACAACUAACAGAGACACCCACCUCUACAGCCCUACAAUUAUCUUCAACACUUCCAACAGAGGGGCUGCCUUCUUCCUCUGCUCUUGCUAGUACAGAUCCUGAGCUCUCAACUCUUGGGGGCGAUCCAACUAAAAACAAACCCUGUGAAGAAAAUUACAAACAACAAAUGCUGAUUUUCCUGAUCAUAAUUGGGGUGCUUGCAUUCAUUUGCGUGGUCCUGCUCUUGGUCAUCGUUGUUACGGCAAGCAAACUGUCUUACGACAAGAGAAAACAGCCUAACAAGCGUUUUCCGAGGAGUAAUGGUGAUUUUCUAAGUACCAACAGCCUGUGGCCAAUUGGAUUGGAGACACUACAGAGGUUAUCCACCGAGAGCCCAAAGCCCCGAGGCCUAAGCCUGGAGAGACCAAUAGAAGGGCAAGGACAAAAUGGGGAUGAAAUCAACAAAAAGCUGGUUAGUGAAAUAGCAGAUCGACAGAAGCAGAAGGAGAUAUCAGCAAACACAUGCAAAACAAUCAUUACCACUGUUGAAAUUUAAGCCUCACUUAAGACUUCUUAUUUGGGAGAGAAGAAGAGGCAUGGAAAAAUCUGUGGGUAGUUAUACUAGUUCCUGGGUGCUGGUAAUUUUUCAGGUAUUAUACAUAGUAAGAUAGCAUCAUCUCAACCCUGUCAGGGACCAUGUUAACAUCAGAGGCCAAAUCAUCUUCACUACUACUACUCAAGGAUGAGGAUGGUUUCAUUUCAACCAAAGUCUGACAUGCAGGAAGAGAGCAAACUGGGGAAAACAGAGCAAAUGGUUCCCAGCUCUAUUUACACCUAACCAGAAGUAUGGCUGAAAAGGCGAGACCAGCUUUAUAAAUACAGUCUUAAAUAUGCAGAUGUUCAUUCUUCCUCCGUUGCUAAUGAAAGCUGGACCUCAGAGAUGCUGCAAGCAUACCUAUCCACCACUAUUCGCCUCACCUUAGCAGCAUGGACACCAAUUGGACUAGGAGACAAAAUGCCUCCCUUACCUGUUCUUGCAUGAAAUUCUGGGAGGCAGAUUAAGCCUUUGUGUUGUUUAUCAGAGCCCUGCGGGGUCACUGGGUCCUUUCCUGGCCAACUUCUCCAAAACCUUUGUGGGAGGACAUGAUUUCAACUCCUUAUGAUCUCCGUCUGUUGAACUGAACGCAUACGUUCCAAGCAAGGAAGCAAGCCUUUCCAAAUCAAUCUCACCUUCUCCUUUGUCCUGUCUGUUGCUUAGAGAGAAACUUGAGCAGGACUAGUAAAAAUGCACAAUGGAGUUGCCUUGACACAGGCCAACUGAAAAUUUGAUUUGCAUCUACAUAAUAAACUAAACUUGUUUUGUUUUAAUUUUAGAUUAUUCUUGUAGCUUAGAGCAGUGCUUCUCAACCUGGCUGGCUGAGGAAUUUUGAGAGAUGAAGUCCACCCAUCUUCAAGUGGUCAUAGUUGAGAAACACUGACUUAGAAGGUUAUGUCAUCCCAUCACCUGGGUUUAUGAUUUUGUCUCUGUUGGGAUUCCGAAAGCUAAUUCUUUCUGUAAACCGGUUAAAUGUACUAUUUAAGCAGAGCUACUUUUUCCCUAAGGUAAGAAAACUACAGAUCUCUCUCCUCAACCACACCCAUCAUCAUAGCCUUAUUACAGUAAAAUAUGUAUGCAGUUUCUAAGUCCUUUGAGAAUAAUUUGAAAUCGGGAAACUCUAUGGAGACUUGCAUAUACAAAGAAAGGACCUAAUAAGUCCUUCCACAUAUAUAACGUUACACUAACCCUUUCAGCAGCAGUUAUUUUACAAGACACUCUGGAAAAGUCAACAAACUAAAACUACUAAUUGCUAGUGUCUAAUAAAAUCCUUGAUUUCUUCCAAACAGAAGCUCUCAUGUUU